UCAUUGUAAAAUUCUUAAUUCUGUACUGAAGUGUACAACACUUGUAAAAGCUUUAAAAAAGACUAAACUUCGUAGCGUGGAAGGUUAGAGAAGGCGUUUACGUGUAAUCGCUCUGGAAGGUUGGGCAAUAUUAAAGAGAACGCUGAACAAGCUCGGAUUUUAAACGGAACAAAGGCAAGCCAAUGUUGCUGUUCCUUUAAGACAGCUGUUUUGCUUAUCUGGCUGGACUGCUUGGCUACGAUCUUUUGGUUGUCUGGCUAUUUUUCUCCAAAACUUUUUUUUGUCCAGAAGUCUGGCCAUGGUGCUUUCAGCCCUCACUACCACCACCAACACCCCCUCCCCCUCCUUGUCUGAUUACAUCUAGCAAUUCUCGUCUGAAUGAACGUCAUUUACAAUAGUAGGGGAGCGCUCGCUGGCUGCUUCACGCUCGAUUUGCCACCAUUCUUCCUUUAAGUAUUCGUGUAAUAUUAAUAGUCAUGAAUAUCAAUUAUUAUGAGGCGGUGUAGAGUGGCAGAGAGGGAUGUGAACAGUCAGCACCUUGCCUUGGAGAGGUGAGCACUCGAUGUGAAGCUGGAGAUAAAAAAAAUAUACGCAGCAUUUGUCCUCUUUUUGACCAAUUUUGAUGGAUAUAGUGUUGGAGAUACUUCAGGCUAUCGAGCGUCUCUCCCUGCAGUUUCUCUCCCCUUCUGGUUGAUGGUCUAUGAUCAGAUUUACUACAGAUGCUAGUCCACACUUACACAGCCAUGGACCGGCACGAUGGAGUUAACAGCCAUAGUUCGAGGCUGUCCCAAAUCGGGUCGGUCUCCCAGGGACACUACUCAACGGCUCCACCACUGUCUCACACCCCGACAUCGGACUUCCAGCCACCUUAUUUCCCUCCUCCUUACCAACCUCUCCCUUACCACCAGAGCCAGGACCCUUACACACAUGUCAACGACCCCUACUCCCUGAACGCCCUGCACCAACCCCAGCAGCAUCCUUGGCAGCAAAGGCAGCGGCAGGAUGUGGGUGCCGAGCCGAGCCUUCUACACCAGCCCCGGGUUCUGCCCCAGAUCACAGGGCUCGACCCUCGCCGGGAUUACCCCGGCGUACGGCGGCCAGACGUGCUUGUCCACUCAGCUCAUGGACUCGAUUCAGGGAUGGGAGACAGCCUGUCUCUGCACAGUAUCAGCCAUCAUGGAAUGGAAGAUAUCCAGGCUUUGGAUGACACGGGUACCACUGGCAUGAGUUUAUUGGACCAAUCUGUCAUUAAAAAGGUCCCACUUCCUCAGAAGAAUAUCACAUCUCUGAUGAUGAAUAAAGACAAUCUACUCGGUGGAAUUGCUAACCAUAACGAGGUAUUUUGUUCGGUGCCGGGACGCCUAUCCUUGCUUAGCUCCACGUCCAAGUACAAGGUGACUGUGGGAGAAGUCCAGAGGCGCCUGUCCCCGCCAGAAUGUCUGAACGCAUCAUUGUUGGGGGGAGUUCUGAGAAGAGCCAAAUCGAAAAACGGUGGAAGGUCGUUGAGAGAAAAGCUAGAGAAGAUCGGAUUAAAUUUACCCGCAGGCAGACGUAAAGCUGCAAAUGUCACUUUACUAACCUCACUAGUAGAAGGCGAAGCCGUGCAUUUAGCCCGGGAUUUUGGGUAUAUCUGUGAAACAGAAUUCCCUGCCAAAGCUGCGGCCGACUACCUGAACAGACAGCACACAGACCCCAGCGAGUUGCACUCCAGAAAGAACAUGAUGCUGGCCACAAAGCAACUUUGCAAAGAAUUUACAGAUCUGCUGGCUCAGGAUAGGUCUCCAUUGGGAAACACCAGGCCCAACCCCAUCCUAGACCCAGGCAUCCAGAGCUGUUUGACUCACUUUAGCCUCAUUACGCAUGGUUUUGGCUCUCCUGCCAUUUGUGCUGCUCUCACAGCUGUCCAGAACUACCUGACGGAAGCUUUAAAGGGACUGGACAAGAUGUUCCUAAACAACAACCCAAAUAGACACACAUCUGGUGGGGAGGCAGGCACCAAAACUGGAGACAAGGAGGAAAAGAACAGGAAAUGAGAAACAGUCCUCCAAACUUUUUAUUUUCUGUAGCUUUAUAUAAAAAAAAUCUUCUAUUGACUUGGAAAGGACAACAACGCACACAUAACGGAGCAACACUGGGUCAACUGUUUGCAACCAAAUGGACCUGGAUGCAAGGCAUCAAGACCUUUUUUCUUGGUAUUUUUCCAAUUUUGCAAACAUUUUGACUUCCAUUUUAUGUCAGAAUGGCAGGUGAUUCCAAGAUCCACUUGUGCGACUGCAAAUUGAUCGUUUUUUUUAUAUAUUAUUAUCAAAAGCCUUUGGUCCCACGUUCAUUUCAGGUCCGAUUUAUGUGCACACUCCUGCAUGUUAUGAGGAUGGAAACAAUCCGGCAAAAAGAAAAUGACUAUCAGGUAACAUAAAAACUUAAUAGCUUUUUUCCCUAUUUGGAUGCAUUAGCUUCAAUAUAGAGACUAUAAAAGGUAUACUAUCCGAGAUCUAAUGGUUUGCACACUAAAUUUAACAUAUGGUGACAAUAUUGACUUGUACCUGCUCAUUCUAACUCCAAACAUAACCCUACAGUCAGCAGUAUGGCUGACCAUAACCUUCCGCUCGACAUUAAUCUAAACGGAGCUCUAACUAGAUAAUUAUUCACACUCGAUUGCAGUUGUCAGAUCAAGUUCAAGGUGAACACCAGCACUGCAAAAAUAACUACGAAAAGCAGAAUGAGUACAGACAGGCAGUGAGUUCACUUCAAAGAGACAGACUGAAAUCCAACAAAGAUUAAUGAGAAGGGAACAUCGCAUAAUAGAAAUGGGCAGUUGUUCACCCCCACCCUCCACCGCAUUCUUGGUACAUUCCGACACAUCAUUAAAUUUAACUGGUCUUCCUUUCAAUAAUUGUUCUGCAUUUGGCAGCAUCUACUUAAAUGCUCAGUACGACAGGUUACUCCCCUUAAGAAGCCAUUAGCAUUUUGAUCGAUCUCGUUUUUGUUUUUUUUUAAAGGCCUUUCCAUUGUCCCUUCAAGGACGCUUAACUUAUCGUGCAACCUCCCUCAGCUGAGAGGACGAGUGAGCAACAUCUCCACCCAAAGCACUUUUGACCUCAGUUGAUAUGCAGUUUGCCUAUUAUGAGUUUGGAUGGAGUUCACCAGUGAAAGCACUGAAAGCACUGUCCUGGCGCAAGGCGUCCACCUAGUGACCUGGCUGAGAACUGGUGGCGUUUGAUUGUAGAUGGGAGAUGUAAGCAGCAAACAAGGCCCGAGGUCAGGAAGAAAGCAUAUGGACUAUUACAGCACUAGAUUAGCCUGAUAUGAUUAAUUAGGAAGAAAAUUCGCAGUUAUUAAAAUAUUUGCUGGCCCGAAAAGAAGCCCUUUUCGGAAUUGCGAAAUAGACACGUGUCAAGGUUGUCUUUUUGUUUAUAUAUUACACAUAUAUAUCUUCAAGACAACAUUCACCGCGAUGUCAACUGUGCUCAUACAUAAGUAAGAUAACACCCUGCCACACUAUUUUAUUAAACUGACAGCAUGCACACUGAGAAAAAGGACGAGGACAAUGUUUAAAAGAGAGGAUUGCUUCAUGCAGGUCAGUAGACACGGGCCUGUAAACUAUGGAUUUAGAUGAGCAUGCAGAUUCUUGGAGCUGGGCUGCCUGGAAGUCCUGGGGCUCUUUCAAACUAAAGGAGUGGAGUUCUUAUAACAAUAACAAACUUCUUGUUUCUCAACUGUGUUUGUUUUCUGCAUUUCCUGGAACGGAUAGCAAAUCCUGUCCUCAUCGGCUGGGAAACGUUAAUCAGCUAUGAAUGUAUAAACAUUUCGAUUUGCUUCCCACCUAUUGUGUUUCGGUCACUGGAGCUGCGCUGUACUCAUAUCUCGCCCGCGUUAAGAUUUUGAAACGAGUUAAAUAGCAACAUUGCAAGGGGAGGCGAGGUGGGCUGAGGCGACACAUACCAAAUUUCGCACAUGAACACUUAGUAAAGCAUUGUAGGCAAAUGGUGGAGUCAGAUUGUUCCUCUUUAAUCCCAGUUCACCAUCCUAAGAAUGAGAAUAUUCCAGCUAUCUGCUCCUGGACACGAUUUUGAGCCUAACCAGUUACAGUAAUUAUCUCUUCAGAAGCAAAGCACUAUUCUAAUAUUCAACAAUUUAGGCCAUAUUAAUCUGUCGGACAGCCAUAUGGUCAUUAUAACCGUUAAAACACCUCUCGUCUUCAUGUUUUCAGCAUAUAACCAUAUUCACAUUAUGCGUUUUGGUCACUACAAUGUACAGCCAUUUUCAGCCUUGUUUUCAAGUGGUUGCCCAUCUAGCAGCAUUCCUUAUCACUUGUGCGCAGAAUUAUAUUACCCUACUAAAUGAAUCUUUUUAAAAAUAUUAAGAAGAUAAAGCACCGGGACAUUAUACAAAAUUCAGUGCUCCUUUAAGAAAGAAUUUCUUUUUCACAUGUAUUCCUUGAUUUCCACUUCUUUGCCCCAGGCUAUGCAUUUCAGUGGAAGUUACCACAAGCCCAACCUGUGCUGCUCGGUGAGUUCACAAGUGGCAUGUGGCGGAAUGUUAUCCCCUGUGGGGAGGCAAAGCAAACCCAGCGCCCAGAUUGGCUCAACUCAUCAGGCACAUAGCAGGAAAGUUGGAACCCUGGGAGAAUUCAGGUGUGAAAGGAAUGUUUGACUGGUUUGUUACUUAGGCACUUACGGCAGUGUCUUGGCGAAUACAGACAGAUCUUGUCUAUUUUGAUCCAUUUUCAACAAGAAAUGCAAUGAUAUUCUGAGUUAAAAUCAUCACUGACAAUGUGAUCAAGGUCCCUGGGAUUCUGCAAGGGAAAGAAAUCCAUGGGCAAGGGUCGUUACAUUUUGUAGAUUUUUCUUUCGCGUUCUCUGGUGAGCAGAAUUAAAUAAUGGAACAGGAUUAAUUUAUUAAAUAUGUUGUCUGCUGCCUGUUUUAUUUUCAGACUCAGGGCCGCCUCUGUCACCGACAAAAAAAUGGGUGGCAAUGGUAAUUGGCGAUCAAUUCCAAAUCGUGAGGAUAAACAGAUCGAUUAAAGUUUACCCCAGGUUAAGAAAAUACAGCCCAAACUUCUGUAAUACGGAAUUUCAUGUAACCUGAUCCGAGGUCCAUUCGCUUUUGAUCACAAUCUCUCACUGUUUUGCCUGAACUAGAUACAAAGUUGAUAUUUCGAAUCGUAAAACUCGGUGCUUAGCAGGCACAAUUCUAGCACCGCUUUAUAUUUAAAUGUGAGCCGCUUCCAUUCUGUCAAAACUCCACCGGUAUCGAUGUAAUUAAAUAUAACCUGCAACACUACCAAACAAGCAGGGGAAAUGUAGCCUUUCAUUCUGCUGCCCCCAUCCCCGGCUACCUUGAUCCUCCACCACAACCCCCCCACCUCCCCCAGGAUCUGAACAGGUGAGGAACUACUGCACAAGGAGCAGUUUGUGCAUCAGAUUUUGUGACUGCGGAUUCCUGGAAUUCCGGGGUCAUUGCAGUUCAAAAGACACACGUAGAUUUGAUUAACCUCAUAGUUAAAGCCAACAUGCAAGAUUAGGAACAGAGGUUUUAAAUGUCCGACAAAUGAAGUAUUCAUCUUACCUUUAGCUGUCCAUUCCCAAUUUUGUUCUCGCUUCUAAAUAUGCCGCCAUAGAAGUUUACAGCAAGUAAGGGGAUCAUUCGGCCCAUUGUAACCAUGCUGGCUUUUUGGCAAAGUGACUUGUCCCUCUCCUCUCACUGUAAUCUUGUGUAGAGCCAUAAAAAUUGACAAAAAUGUAUAGCCCAAUGUGCAAUCAUAAGUAGUUAGAAAUUAAUGAUGAAAUAUUACAAACUGGUCAAGAAUUGGAUCACCCUGAUGUUGUAACUCACUCCGAAACCCCUUGAUCUGGCCAGACAUCCCACAAGCCAUUUUAAUGAACAGGAAUAAGCAAUUAAUAGUGGUGUUUGGCAUAUCCGUCUCCGACUUUGCUGAACCACCGAUUAACAAAAACCUUUACAAUUAUCACUGGCUAGCGCAAACACACACAAAAAAAAUCGAACGAAGAACAUGAUUUUCAUCUAAUAAGUGACUUACUGACGCAGAAGGAAUGUGUCACCUCCGCUGGCCUCAGCACCAGUCCUCGAAAAAACAAGCAUUAAUUCACUGACACUAUGAAACACAUCGUAUCCUGAUUUCAAUAAUCUUCCGUAUCAACUAAAAUAUGCCGUGCAAACUUUUGAUAAUCAAUAUUAUUGUAAAUUAAGGGCAAAUGUUACAAAGGGAAUACAUUCAAUAUGUGAACUCAGUCUGAACUACCUGUUUGCCAUACCUUUCAAAUGAACGCCUUUUUCUUAAAAGGCAUCAUUUAACACUGAAUAUGGCAAAUUCUUAAUUCGCAUGCACAGCGUGAGACAGUCUAAUUUCAGCAAAAUAUCAUUGUCCAUCAACCAUGCUGCCGGGACUCCUUCUCCCACGCCACGUAACAGUUUGACGCUGAAUUCCCACAGAUAACGCUCAAUUCUUCCCAUAUUGCCGAUUCCUUUAGUGUGCUGCCACAUUGUCAAAAUGAGCUCUGAUCUCAUUAUCACAAUGUGCCAAAAACACGUAUGAGCAGAUAACAUAAUUUGGAUCGUUCCCAUCCUUGUCACAUGCUAGAAAAAAUGUGUUUUGACUCUGGUGUCUAGGUAACCUGAUUUUUAAAAAAUUUCCAAACAAUUAUACAACUUGGAACAUCAGUUCUGCUGGAUCUCCAUUGGAAAUCAACUUGGAGGGGGAGGGCGGGUUGUCAUUGUCAUGUUUGUAUAUAUUUAUUUAAUGUUAAUUUAAUGGGAUUGUAAAUAUGGUGAGCCAGUAGCGGGGUAUUUAUCUAUGAUUCCAUACCUCUGUGAGUGGGUUGAAAAUGCUUGACGCUAGAUAGUCCACUAUCUGAUUUCUGUUCACUAGACACAUUGUAAAGGUGAUGGGUAGAACUUGUUUAUUGUCCAGUUGUGGUCUCAUUUUAAGAAAAAAAGUUGAGUACCUUGUGAUUUUGUUGUAUUUUAUUCAGUUUAAAUGUGAUGCUGCUUCACUUUUCAGACAGAUUAUGUUGCUAGGUCUGUCCACCUACUGGUUGUUUGAAUGAAAACCAAUUUGUCUUCAAGAAACAAACGAACACAUAAUAAACCUUGC